AUGUCUUCGCAACGAAAGGUUCUCCUGAAUAACCCUUUACCUCAAACCAUGGAUGCAGCUAUACAUCCUCCAAAGUCAUCGCUAGAUACAAUUACCGCGAAGAUCUAUAACGAAUUCACGAUUGUUCAACGCGAAUGCUACCAAAAAGACGGCAUGCUUCGUGCCUACGAAAAGCAAAAUUUUGACUUAAACGCCCAGCUUUGCGACAUGUCCCGGUAUAUCAAAACACUUGAACAGAAGAACUGGAAUCUUAACGAGAAAGGGUAA